AUGCUUCCUCAAUCUAUUGUGUGCUCGGUCGUCGCCGUGAUGCUCGCCCUUGCCCUUCCGGCGAAGGCAGCACCUCAGCCGAUCAGCCAGCGCUCCACCCCUGAGCUCAGCCGGACAGCUCAGUUGAAACUUGCCGACUCUUCCACGGAGCGCUACCAGCUCCUCCCUAACAAUGAGGACUUCAUCUUCAAGGUUACCCCAGACGGGGACCCCGUUGCGACCAGCAAGAACUUCCCAGCCCUUACUGGUGUCGGCGCCUCCUUCAGUAUUGGGCAGCUACCAGCAUGCAGCAUGGCCUUUCUCCACCUCCACCCUCGAGCCACCGAGCUGUUCUCUCUUUCUUCUGGCCACAUCCUGUCUGAAAUGGUCCCCGAAGUGGCAGCUGUUGACUCUAAAGGCAACCAGCGAACUAUCCGCGUAGAGCUCGAGCCUGGAAUGGUGACUAUCUAUCCGGCAGGUUCGUUUCACACGCAGGUGAACCCGGACUGUGAGCCUGCCAACUUCACGGCUGCGUUUAACUCGGAUGAGUUUGCUGUGGGGCUGGUUGCGAGGCAGACACUCUCGCUCAGCGAUGGUGUUAUUGCUCGGACCUUUGGGCAGAGUAUUGCUGGUGAGGAUAUUGAGAAGGUCAGAGAGGCUAUCCCUACUAGUAUGGCUAUUAAGGUUGAGGAGUGCUUGAAGAAGUGUGGUAAGGAGAAGCGCCAGACUUGA